AUGGCUCCACCAUCUAAACGAAUGUCCGAGACGAUCCGUCCUACCUCGAAGAUGUCAAGCAUAUCACCGACCACGACGCCAAACCCUCGCAGAUUCAAAUCGGAGAACUUUAUCGGCUAUACGCGGGUUCCGGUCGGCCUCGCGGGACCCCUGAACAUUCGCACCCCUGACGGUGAAACCUUCAAAACAUGUGCACCCAUGGCCACGACAGAGGCAGCGCUGAUCGCCAGUUGCAGUCGGGGAUGCAAAGCGCUGAAUGCCAGUGGCGGGGUGGAGUAUAUCUUUGGGAGGGAAGGUAUGUCGCGGGGCCCCGCGUUUCUGUUCGCGAAUCCCCGCGAGGCCCAGGAUUUUAUUAUGAUUCUCUUCUAUGUGGAGAAUAUCCUCUCUGAAGUGGCCGAGUCGACUAGUAACCACCUGAAGCUGGUGAGCAUCACGCCGCACCUGAUUGGGUGCUACGCCCAUGUGGUGUUCAACUACACUUGCGGCGAUGCGGCGGGCCAGAACAUGGUCAGCAUCGCCACGCAGCGGUGCUGUGUCUGGCUGAUGGAGACGUACGCAGCGCAGUACAAAAUCAAGCGCUUCUACGUCGACGGGCAGAUGAGCUCGGAGAAGAAGCCCUCGUGGGGCAACGUGGUAACCCCGCGCGGCGUCGAGGUCACGGCGUGGGCGUGCCUACCGGACGAAACCUGCCAGGAGGUUCUGGGCUGCUCCGUGGCCGACCUGCAUGACAUGCUGCACAUGGCUCAAGACGGAUGCAUCCGCAAUGGAAUCCACGGGAGCAACAUUGACACCGUCAACGUGUUGACCAGCGUGUUCAUCGCCACGGGCCAGGAUGCCGCGAGUGUCGCGGAUGCCUCGUGGAGCCACGGUAGCUCGUUCUACGACCGAGCCAGGAACAGCAUCACCGUCAGCAUGUACUUUCCCUCCAUCCCCGUGGGUGUCGUCGGUGGAGGCACGGUAUACGACACGCAGCGCGAAGCUCUAGAGAUCAUGCAGUGUGCCGGACCAAAGAAGAAGAGACAGUUCGCGGGGUUUCUGGUCUGCUUCGCGUUAGGGCUGGAGCUCAGCACUGCUGCGUUGGUUGUCACAGACACGUUCACGCACGCCCAUCAAAAAUUACGAAAGGGUGAGUCGGCCAAGCUGUGA